AUGCCGUUUUUCCAGUUGUGCUCCGCCGCCGCAGACUCACGCGCGACUUGCGAUAAAGCGCCGAAGGUGCUCUUGACGACACCGACUGCCGUCGGUAACUGUGGACCAAAAUGUGUGGAAUCUGCAAGCGCCACCACUGGCGACGCCGGCGACGCAAACUGGUUGCCACUCAGCAUUCUACACGUGUUUCAUCUAGCCCAUGUCGCCAUCACGGUCGAUACUGAUGUCUCCCCGUGCGUCGAGGAGAUGAGCACGGCAGAGUUGGCGACCAGUGUACGACGCGUACUUUGUAUGGGGCAGUCAAAGAGCUGCAGCUCUGCUUCUACCGCUUCCAAGCAGGAGGCAACGGCGCCGUACGUCGCUCGCGUACUUUUAGUGCGACUGCACGGGGUUGUGGAGGCGCAUGAGCGCUUCUUGACCUGGAUGCGUACACGCUCAAUGGCAGCCGUUCCAGGGGCGUUGGAUGGCGUGGUGAGAGAGGACGCCUUUUUGGCAGAUGCAGCGACCUUUCUUCGUACGUUGCCGCUACCCGACGCACUUCAGACAGCCGCGCCUUCACCACCAGCGACAGAGCGACGCGCAUCGUCGCGGCGGUCGUCGUACGCUCAGCUGCUCAGCGCCAACCUCUACGCCAUCAGCACCUUUGUGGAGGCUGCGGUAAUCGCGGCGACGGUCACGUCGCCACCCGCACCCGACUCCCCAUCGGCGACACUUCACCGCGAGCUCUGCUUCGUUCCCCCGCCGCUAGAGAGGGCUGCGCUGUCGCUGCUUUACUACCUGAUAACACUGACAGUGGACGUGGUGGAGACCAGCGUGCUGUGCUGCUGCCGACUAGAAGGGCUUCCUUCGGUGCACGAGGAUGACAGGCAGCUAGUGUGUUUCCCGCAAGGGCUCGCGGAUUUCUCCGCCGCGUCGACGCCUGGUGCCCAGUUUACUGCUUCACCUUCAUAUUGCCCUGCUACCCCAUCUCUCCGUGUCGUCUUGUACACAGUCCUUCAGCAAGAGGGCUCCCACUUGUUGGCGCUCCUCCUUCGAUGUGAGCAAUGCGAAGGACAGUGCCCGGGCGAGAUGUCCGACGCGGACCCGACACAUCGUCGGCUGCUUACGCGACACCUGUUGCGCCGGCUUGGGCAUCUCUUUUUCCACCCUCUGCGCGGCGAUCGUACCUGCGUUGGUGUCACGACUUGCACCACCGCCGUGGCCGCAAGCGACCGCACUGACGCGGCGAUCCUCACUUGGAUGGCAGGCCGGCUGCAGCACAUUGUGUGCUUGAGCGCCCCCAUGACGGAGGGUGAAGGGCCAGGAAGCACUUCCCGAGGCUUUGCUGCUGCGCUUGCUGGCGAGGAACAUCGACCAUGCCGCUUCGAGGCUGAGAUUCUUGCUGAGCUUCUUCGCUUGCUUAUUGCUCAGAUUGAUGCGGAUGCUGCAACAUCGCCAUCAGGCGGAGCACCUGAGUGCGAGUGCUCCAACGGCGUCGUCGUCAGCAGUGGCAGCAUUGCCCGAAGCGCUUCGGCUGCGGCAGACGCUGUCAUCGACUUGUCGCAGCAAAUAGGCGCUCUGGUUCUUCUGCCUCCAGCUAUCGAGGCGGCACCGGCGCUAGGGAGUGGCACUCUCUCGCGCGCUCCGGCACGGGAGACGUUGGUGACCGCACGCGAGUGCGUGGUGCAAUUUGCGCUUAAACUUACCAUGCAGUGA